GGAGGCGUGCUUUUCUCUCAGAGCUUUGAUCAGUUGCUCCAGCUUCCCGAGCCUCUCAUUCAGUCUCCUCAUCUCUCUGUGGAAUGAAGUCACUCCAUCAAUCAGGAGCAAAAUGUAAAUUCAGCCAACGACACUCUGUUGUCUCUCAGCCUGUCACUCUCAUAGUCAUGGCUAAAGGGAGGAAGACACCAGCCAGCUCAGGUGACAAGCCAAUGCUGAAUAAUCUCAAGCCUGUUUUCACCAAGGUCUCAGUACAGACUCAUCUGGAGCAGAAACUCUCUGUGUGCAACAAGCUGUGUUUCGCUAUUGGAGGUGCACCUAAUCAAGUUGCAGGAAGUGCGACGGCUUUCUUCUUACAGAUAUUUCUGCUAGACGUCGCACAGAUAAACCCAUUUCAAGCCUCCCUGGUGCUGUUCAUUGGGAAAGCUUGGGGUGCUGUUACUGAUCCUCUUGUGGGAUUCUUCAUCAUUAAAAGCAGAUGGACCAAAAUUGGCCGACUCAUGCCAUGGAUGGUGGCCUGCACACCAUUUACCAUAGUGUCCUACUUCUACUUGUGGUUUGUUCCUCCUUUCACCAAUCAAAGGUACAUCUGGUAUCUGGGCUUCUACUGCCUCUACCAAACUCUCAUCACAUGUUUCCAUGUGCCUUACUCAGCACUGACCAUGUUUCUGAGCACAGACCAGCAGGAAAGAGACUCAGCUACAGCAUACCGUAUGACCAUGGAGGUGUUGGGGACGCUGGUUGGUGCAGCCAUCCAGGGCCAGAUUGUAGCCAGAGCACAUACUCUAAAGCACUGCCCUCAAAACAACAUGUCAGCUAGUCACCUAAAUAGCAGUGGAACUGAGGUCAUCCGCAGCAUGGUGCAGUCCCAGGACUUCUUGUCACAUGCAAAGGAAGUGUACAUGAUUGCUGCAGGGGUGAUCGGGGCACUCUUUCUUAUCUGUACAGUAGUGAUGUUCCUGGGAGUUAAAGAGAGAGAUGAUCCUUAUGCACUAAAGACAGAGAAACCCAUUCCCUUCCAUAAGGGCUUUGUGCUGGUGAUGAGACAUGGGCCAUAUCUCUCCCUCACAGCAGCUUUCCUCUUCAUAUCUGUGGCCAUCCAGCUGAUCCAGAGCAACUUUGUGCUGUUCUGCACGUACGCUGUAGAUCUUCGGGACCACUUUCAAAAUAUAGUUCUAACAAUUCUGAUGUCUGCAGCCUUGAGCAUCCCUUUCUGGCAGUGGUUCCUACAGAGGUUUGGCAAGAAGACAGCAGCGUUCUGUGGAAUUACGUGGAUCAUGCCCUUCACUGUGAUGCUGGCUUUCGUUCCAAACUUGAUGGUGGCUUAUGUGGUGGCUGUGUCUUCUGGACUGAGUGUAGCUGCUUCACUACUUUUACCCUGGUCAAUGCUGCCAGACGUCGUGGAUGACUUCAGACUGGCAAACCGCAACUCGAAGGGCCACGAGGCGAUCUUCUACUCCUUCUAUGUUUUCUUCACCAAGUUCGCGGCAGGGAUCUCUCUGGGAGUGUCCACGCUCUGUUUAGAAUUUGCAGGCUAUGACACAGGAGCAUGUAGGCAGCCCAGUGCAGUAGUGUACACUCUGAAACUCCUGAUUGGCAUGGCCCCGGUGGCGUUUAUCAUCACAGGCCUCGUCAUCCUCCUGCUGUACCCCAUCAGUGAAGACGUGAGACAGAGAAACAAACUUGCUCUGGAGGAUCUUAGAAACCAGACUACAAAUUGCAGCUGCUUCAGAGAAGACUUGAACAGUGUAUAGAUCCUUUACACAUCACAGAUUCAGAUUCCAGCUUGGCCCUGGGAUGAGAUGUGUUAGUGUACAUUACACUGUGUUCAGUAUAAUAUAAAAUAGUUCAUUUUGUUUCUUUAUUUUUUACAUGAUAUUAUAAUCAGCAUAUAUACAGUAUAUACCUAAUUUAUAUUAAUGAAUGUAUGUUUCUUU